UACUUCUUGCGUGAGAUUUAUACGAUUUUUACCUUUUCGUGAGGACGACCUUGCGUUUUCGCUGCUUAACGCAUUUUCUGGGUAGCAACGCAUCAUGCCACCAGUGAAGAACGAUGGCGACAGUGACGGGGACGGCGACAUGUCGGGGGCGGAAUCGGAACAUUCAGGAUCUAGUCAUGGGCAGGAUCACGACUCCAGCGCGGAAGAAGCGGACGAACCCGAUUCCGAUGAUUCUUCUGAAAUGUCCGAAGGAGAAUGUGACCGUCGACGCAACAAUUGCCAGGAUAAUCUAACGAGCCUUGAGAAACAAUUCUCGAUCCUAAAAGAACAACUGUAUAAAGAGCGCCUGGAUCAGGUCGACAAACAGCUCCAGGAAAUCCGCAGUGGCCGAUCGCAGGAAUAUCUAUCCCCGCUGCAACGGCUCUUGGACAAUAUGGACAGCCGGAAGGAGGUAGCGCAGGUCAUGAAGCAAUACCGAGUGGACAACACCAAGAACAAGUUUGAUGGUGAACACCAAGCAUCGUACCAGCAUUUUGAUAGUGAGCAAAAUCUCGCCAUGGAUGUUAUUUGCGAGGAACUGAUGGAGAAAAUUCGCCGGUUGGACGAAGAUCGCCAUAAUGUAGACAUAUCCUGGGCGGACUGGGGCACCAAUACGAGAACGGCAAAGGUACGCGGUCCGGGACGCAAGAAGGCGGUGACCGUAUCAGGACCUUACAUCGUGUACAUGUUGCGCGAGGAAGAGAUCGUAGAAGACUGGACAUCGAUAAGAAAAGCCCUGAAACGGUCGACGGCUGCCGCUACCUGA